GUGUCCAAAUUACGUCAAUUAUCACACCAGUAAUUCCCACCCUUUUUCCCAUUCGCGAGAAAAAAAACAUCGAAAGUGUACAUAUGCCUUGUCUAUCAUAAUAUUAUAUAUGCACAGUGAUUUGAAUUAGUUUUUCCGCCCACUAACGUACUGAAGUCAUGCAAAUCAUGACAGACUGUCAAUUUUAAAAAGGGCAUCGAUCAGCUUAUAAGUCGGAAACAAAGCAUGAAAUAGACUCUCUAAAGACUGAGUUAGCUAUAGUUUGACUGCGUACUACGAGAGUGGCAAUGGGGAGGACAAGAAACAUCUUAUUUUCUCUUCUCUUAUGAAAUCAUUGGUGUGAAUAACUGGAUGCCUACAUACUAUUCUGGAAGUUCAAUUAGUCCACCUUUGCGCCGUAACAAUCUUCAUUGAUAACUAGGAUUGGUGAUCGAAGAACGAGAGCUAAGGAUUUCCAGACGACAUCAUCGAUCGAGAGACUCAGAUCCACUGGAGCGACAAACUUCAUCUACCAUUGUCCAGCUUCAUCGUCUUCAUCAACGUUGCAUCGCAUCAUUUCGAUCAUCGUUGUCAUCUUCAACAUCCCUAGCUCUCAAUCAUUGUCCUUAAUUGUCCCGCGAUCUCGCCGUAAUUGUCGCUAGCCUUGCAAGGGCCCCGAUUGCAUAAUUUCGACAUCGAUCAUCGUCGUCAUCAUCAUCAUCAUCAUCGCCGUCGUUAACGUUUUCACUCUAAUCGUCAAUGUGAUUUUUUCAAACACCAAGAAGCCUAUAUACGAUUACAUUAUUCAGGCGUCGUCGUCAUCAUUGUCGAUGAGAUUUUCAGAAAUACCAAAAAAAACGAAAGGAACUGGAAUAUAUCGAUGCUGUCCGAAUUUUGACCUCGGAUUGGACAAAAACAGGACCGGCAAAACUCAAGUUGGAUUAUCUACGUUAAUCCCCAUAUAUACAUCAUCGCUCGUCAUGAUCUCUUCAACGCAUAAAGGUCAAGUGGUCCUGUGCCUCGUCUUCAUCGUCUACGUCAUGAUGUCGAUCAGGACGACGACAUCGACAGAGGUGAUCGACGACCACGGACGAGAGACCAUGAAAGCGAAGAGAGUGAAACCUUAUCAGAAGAAACAUCCGACCUACCAAGCCUGUUUUGACGCCGUUCGAGGGAAGCGAUGUCUAUGUGAUUCUCGAGUCAACAAGAAUAGUCCAGAUUACUUUGUAUGCUAAAUAUAAUUACCAAUAUGAAAAUCAAAAGCAGCAGCAGCAGCAACAACAACUACAACAAUAAUAAUAAUAACAUCA